AAAAAUGUUUUUAUUUUUCAAAAUAAUUAUUUAUUUUCUUAUUUCCUCAAUAAUUCUCUUCUAUCCACUUUCUGCUCUUUUAUCAAAUUGUCUGAAUGGUGUUUGUGAUUGCGAUCCGGAUGUAAUCGACUAUUGGGAAGGUAUUGAUAUUGCGUCUUUAUUAACUACCUCAGCACCUUUAACAACAAAGAAAAUAGUAAAAACGACAACAAUAGAGCCUAAAACAACAAUGAAACCAACAACAGAAAAGCUAAAAACUACAACAACAGAGAAGUUAGGAACUACAGAAAAAUACAAAAACAGCACUGCUAAGGCUACAACAACCCCUGUUAAAUUAACAACUACAAAAUCUACAACAGAAAAAGCAAAAACAACGAAAAGUCCAAUAACAACAGAAAGUACAUCCAAAACAGUUAUAGAGACCACUAAAAAUGAAGAGACGACAGCGAAAAGUUUAACAACAAAAGUUUUGCCAACCUCAACUAAACCAACAGAAAACCCAACAACAAGCAAAAUGAUAGAGACUACUAAAAAUGAAGAGACAACAACCGAAACAACUCAAAGUUCUACAGGGUUGACUGAAACUAUUGGAGAAACUACUAAUACUAUAAAAGAUAUAACAACGGAGAGUAUUUUAACUACUACAGAAGAAAAAGUUACUAGCACAAUGAAAAUGUUAUUAGAGACCACAGAAAAUGCGGAGGCAACGAAAGAAAAUGUCGAAACCACUAAGUCGACAGAAACUUUUAACACAACAAUUCCUUCAACGUCUUCUCAAAUAACUACAAUAAAUACGGAAUCUACAGUCUUACUAUCUACAGAAAAUAAUUUUCAAACUACUAUAAAGGAAGAUUUUACUACAAAAACUGUGGAAACUGAAGCAACAACAACGGAGCCGGUAACUUCCAGCACAACUCUUAGCACAAGUACAAGUGUCGAUAGUUCAACUCCGCUCGGCUAUUGCGGGCAAUGUUGCAAUUGUGAUCAUAAAUUGGGCAAAUGUUUGGCGCAAUCAUAA